AUGAUCAUGGAUAUCAUCAUCAGCAGCAGCUCCAGCAGCAGCAGCAGCAGCAGCAGCUCCAGCAGCAGCAGCAGCAGCAGCAGCAGCAGCAGCUCCAGCAGCAGCAGCUCCAGCAACAGCAGCAGCAGCAGCAGCAGCAGCAGCAGCUCCAGCAGCUCCAGCAGCAGCAGCUCCAGCAGCAGCAGCUCCAGCAGCAGCAGCAGCUAA